UGUCGCUGGUGACGGCGGGGACGCGGCGCGCGCGGGCGCGCCGGCGGCGGCGGCGGCCUUAGUCGGCGGCGGGGGGCGGCCGCGGGGGGUCACCGGGGGCACCGGGGGGUGGGGGGGUCCGUGCGGGUUCGUUUACCCGGGGUGGGGGGGGGACGGACACGGACCAUGGGAGGCCGAACCGGGACCGGAGCCGCCGCCGCCACCACCACCACCACCACCACCGCCGCCGCUGCUGCUGCUGCUGCCCUGCGGUAGGACCGCCGGGAACAUGGCGGAGAGGCUGGAAUGGGUGGAAAUCAUCGAGCCUCGCACGCGGGAGCGCAUGUACGCCAACCUCAUCACGGGGGAGUGCGUGUGGGACCCCCCCGCAGGGGUGCGCAUCAAGCGCACCAAUGAAAACCAGUGGUGGGAGCUCUUCGACCCCAACACCUCCCGUUUCUACUACUACAACGCCACCACGCAGAGGACCGUGUGGCACCGGCCCCAGAACUGCGACAUCAUCCCCUUGGCCAAGCUGCAGACCCUGAAGCAGAACACGGAGUCACCGAGGGCUUCCACGGAGAACAGCCCCGGCAGGAGCAGCAAUGUCAGCAGGGAAGGAAGCACCAGCUCCUCCUUGGAGCAGGAGCUGGAGGGCAGCGAGAAGGUGCAGGAGCAGAGGUCGAGCCGUCAGACAACCCAAUAUGCUGUAGUGAAAGAGGAAACGGAAAGCUCGUCGCCUUCUGGAGUGUUUGAGAAGGAAUAUGACAUUUAUCGGGAUUACAGUGCAGAAGGUCAACUCCUCCACUACAGGACAUCAUCCCUACGAUGGAACGCCGGCACCAAGGAGCGGAUGCUGAUCAAGGUGACGGACCGCGAGCCCAGCUUCCUCAUGCACCAAGGCAACGGCUUCACCCCCGACAACCAACCGGGGACCCGCUCGCGGCGACCCUCGGGUGGCCAACAGUCACCCAACCUCCAAACCUUCACCCCCGACGCCGACAACUCCGUGUUCUUCCCCGAGAGGAAGCAGUCACCCUUCCUGAAGAGGGCCGAGCACGUCGGGAGCUGCUCCCCACUGCUGGGCCGAGGGGACUCCUUCUGCUCCCCGCUCCAAGCCCAGCACCGCAAACACUCCAGCGAGUCUCAACCCUCCUCACCCCGCUACGCCUACGAGCCCCCUCUCUACGAGGAGCCCCCCAUGGAAUACCAAGCACCCAUCUAUGAUGAACCCCCCGUGGACAUGCAGUAUGAAGCCAGUGGGAGCUACAAAGCCGGCUCGCCACAGAAGUCGCCCAUCAGGAAACCUCAUCCCUUCCUUCAGUCGCCCAAGCAAGGCUCCAACUCGCCCUACCAGCAGUUGGUGCUCACCAAACAGAAGUGUCCCGACCGGUUCAUGAGCUUGGAGUACAGCCCCGCUGGCAAGGAAUAUGUCAGGCAACUGGUCUACGUGGAGCAAUCGGGCUCCAGCCCCAAGAUGAAGACGGGGUUGAGGCACAAAUACUCCCCCAACCCCAUCGGUGGCUCCUACUCGUUGCAGCACAGCCCUUGCUUGGUCAGGGACCAACGUUUGGAGAUCAAAUCAGGUGAUUACAGCAGCAUGGAAGGACCUGAGUUCUGCCCUGGCCCAGCCAGUGGCCAGGUAGCCCAGGGUGAGGACUCCAUGUCAUGGUCCAGCCAACAGGACACCAUGUCCUCCACUGGCUACUCGCCCUCUACCAGGAAGAGGAAGAGCCGAAAGCCUUCCCUAUCCCAUGAUCCCAACACCUCCUCCACGGAUGGAUCAGGGGACAGGGAGGUGUUGGGGGAGCAGAUGCUGGGUGAGGAACGAGCCACCCCGGGUCCCAACAGGUCACCGUUGAACCGCACGGAGACCAAGGCGGUGGAGGCUGAGGUGGCACGAGGCUUCCCGGAGCCCUUCCUGGCACAGGCCCGCCUGGCUUGGGAAGCCCAACAAGCCCAUUAUCACAUGAAGCAACGGAGCAGUUGGGACUCCCAGAAGGAUGGUUCUGGCUAUGAGAGCGAUGGAGCCCUCCCUCUGCCCAUGCCGGGUCCGGUGGUGAGAGCCUUCAGCGAGGACGAAGCGUUGGCGCAGCAGGAGAACAAGCACUGGAAGAGGAACACCUUCGAGAAGUUGGGCUUCCCCCAGAUCCUGCUGGAGAAGAGCGUCUCCGUGCAGACCAACCUGGCUUCACCCGAGCCCUACCUGCAUCCAUCUCAGUCGGAGGACCUGGGUGCCUGCGCGCAGUUCGAGAGCAGCAGACAGACCAGGAACAUGAUGCCCAGCGCCAGCUGCGUCUUCCCCACCUUCAACCUACGGAAGCCUUCCUCGGAGACGGACAUUGAGAACUGGGCCUCCAAGCACUUCAACAAGCACACCCAAGGGCUCUUCCGUAGGAAGGUGUCCAUCGCCAACAUGCUGGCCUGGAGCAGCGAGUCCAUCAAGAAACCCAUGAUCAUGACCAACGACCGCAACGUCAAGAAGGAAGCUUGUGAGAUAUUUAAACUGAUUCAGAUGUACAUGGGGGACCGACGGGCCAAGACGGACCAGCUCAACGUGGCUUUGGAGAUCGCCACCAAGGGUUGGAGCAUGCAGGGGCUGAGAGAUGAGCUCUACAUCCAACUGUGCAGGCAGACCACCGAGAACUUCCGAUACGAGAGCCUGGCCCGGGGCUGGGAGCUCAUGGCCAUUUGUUUGGCCUUUUUCCCACCCACUCCCAAAUUCCAUUCCUACCUAGAAGGAUAUAUCUACAGGCACAUGGAUCCAGUGAAUGACACCAAAGUGACCCGGCACAUAAACGACCUCCUGGAAAGGACCAAUAAGAAGAAACCCAAAUUGAGAAAGAAACCCAAGCCCCAGCUCGAGGAGCUCGAGGGGGUGGCAAUAAGCACUUACGCCAAGUACUGCUACAACAAGCUGCAGAAGGCAGCUCUGACGGGCGCCAAGAAGGGCCUGAAGAAGCCCAACAUCGAGGAGAUCCGCCACGCCAAGAACGCCGUCUUCAACCCGUCCAUGUUCGGCAGCUCCCUGCAGGACAUCAUCAACAUGCAGAAGGAGAAGUACCCGGAGCGGCAGCUGCCCUGGGUGCAGACGCGCCUCUCCGAGGAGGUCCUGGCCCUCAACGGCGACCAGACCGAGGGCAUCUUCAGGGUCCCCGGUGACAUCGACGAGGUCAACGCGCUCAAGCUCCAGGUGGACCAAUGGAAGAUCCCAACGGGCUUGGAGGACCCCCACGUCCCCGCCUCCCUGCUGAAGCUCUGGUACCGGGAGCUGGAGGAACCCCUCAUCCCCCACGAGUUCUAUGAGCAGUGCAUCACCCACUACGAGAACCCCGAGGCGGCCAUCGCCGUUGUCCACUCUCUGCCCAGGAUCAACAAGAUGGUGCUGUGCUACCUCAUCCGCUUCCUACAGGUGUUCGUGCAGCCGGGCAACGUGGCGGUCACCAAGAUGGACGUCAAUAACCUGGCCAUGGUGAUGGCCCCCAACUGCCUGCGCUGCCAAUCGGACGACCCCCGGAUCAUCUUCGAGAACACGCGGAAGGAGAUGUCCUUCAUCCGGGUGCUCAUCCAGCACCUCGACACCAGCUUCAUGGAGGGCGUCCUAUAGCACCCGCCACCCGAGGUCCCCCCGCGCGCCUCCUCCACCCCACAUGGACCCCACCAGCGGAUGGGUGCUGGGGGGUGGUGGCACCUUCACCAGCCCCGGCCCCUCGUGCAGUGAUGAGACAUGGGAUCAACCAAGCCCCAUCCUGACCUUCUCACUGGGCACCUCUUGACCAGCCGGAGGGGUUGGCCGUGGUGGGGGUCACCAAGGGAUUGGCCUUGAUGGGGUCACCAAGGGAUUGGCCAUGGUGGGGUCACCAAGGGUUGGCCAUGGUGGGGAUCACCAAGGGGUUGGCCAUGGUGGGGAUCACCAAGGGACGGCCUUGAUGGGGUCACCAAGGGAUUGGCCAUGGUGGGGUCACCAAGGGUUGGCCAUGGUGGGGAUCACCAAGGGGUUGGCCUUGAUGGGGUCACCAAGGGUUGGCCAUGGUGGGGGUCACCAAGGGUUGGCCAUGGUGGGGUCACCAAGGGAUGGCCAUGGUGGGGUCACCAAGGGUUGGCAGCACCCAUGGGAUGGGUGAGGAGCAUCCCAUGGGCAACGCUUCCAUCCGUCCUGGGUGGCCCGUGUGGUCAUGGGUGGCAGUGAGGACCUGGUGGCAUCUGAGCAGGAUCGGGGUCCAUCAACAUCUAUGUUGGGGUUGGGUGGCUGGUCGAGAGCGGAGCUGUGGGGCAGCCGUGGGGCAGCCAUGGGGCAGGGAGGACCUCCAGGUGCUGAGCUGAGCCCAUGGAGAAGGCGGCACAUGGGGACCAGAGGGACCAGGAGGGUCCCAGCCCAUAGAGAAGGAGACCAUUGGCACAACCGGAGCUGGGUGCACCCAGGGGUGGUGCUGGGGGGUCCCUUUGGGUGCUGGGGUCCCUUUGGGUGGCUCAUUGAGGCCGGGUGCCCACCUUUGGGUGCUGGAGGAGCUGGUGGCAGGUCGCUGCCCACCCACAUCAUGGUGACC